AUGUUGUGGAGUAUCUUCGCAUCUCUCCUCACCGCUGGUUUGGUGACAGCGGACAACAUUACAGCCACCGUCAGCCUCAGCGUGUCAAAAGGGAAGCCGGUUCACUGGGCGUCUGGUUUCAUCUAUGGCAUCCCUGAUACGCCGAAUCAAAUCCCUGAUCACUGGUACACCGAUAUAGGAUUCCGCUAUGGUCGCGCUGGAGGCGCACAGCUCGAGGCGCCAGCGCGAGGCUGGAUCUGGGGAAUGACAGAGUACAAAGGGCGCUUGGAAUCGACGCUAUCAAAUUACCGCACCUGUCGCAAGUAUGGUGCAGACUUUAUUCUGCUGCCGCACGAUGUAUGGGGAACCGACCAUGCUAACUCUUCGACCGUUUGGCCUGGCGAUGGAGGCGACUGGUCGGAUUAUGACUUGUUUGUCAGGACUUUGAUGAAGGACCUCAAGGCAAACAAUGCGCUGAAGGGUCUAGUUUGGGACAUUUGGAAUGAACCCGACAUUAGUAUUUUCUGGGAACGGAGUCAGCAGCAGUGGAUUGACUUGUACAUUCGUACCCAUAAGCUGCUUCGCGCUGAUCCAAAUGGUUCGCAAAGAGAGGAUCCUAGCUUCUACACUGUCCAGAUCACCGGCCCAUCAUUGGCCUUCCGUCCGGUGCCUGGAAACACUUGGUGGAGCAACUGGCUGGCUCAGAUCGCGGGCAACAAAACCAUUCCAGAGCAAUAUUCUUACCAUCUGGAAGGUGUGACAAGUGAUUGGGACAAUGACCUUCAGAACACAAACGGCACUCUUGCGACGCUUUUGAAAACUUUCGGUCUUCCUGAUCGCCAAAUCAACAUCAACGAGUACGCCAAUUACGGCGAGCAAGUCCCUGCUGGAGCUGCAUGGUGGAUUUCGCGAUUAGAAAGAUACGAUGCAUUGGGGCUGCGUGGAAAUUGGCUCAGUGGAUGGACUCUGCACGACCUCAUGGCAAAUCUCCUGACGAAAAAAUCAAAUGCGACCGAUUAUAAUGCGACCGACUACGCACCGGCCCCUGAGUUCCAGGUAUAUAAGUACUACAAAGCGAACAUGACGGGACACCGUGUCGAAACUUCCGGCACCGGAGAUCGCCUGUUUGAUGUCUAUGCGACAGUUGAUUCGGACAAAGUUCGCAUUCUGUCAGGAACACGGAUUACGGCAGGCAAUUGGCAGAUUACCGUCAAGGGAAUGAGUGCUGUUGGGCUUCCAUCUGAAGGCACGGUUGAUAUUCAGACUUGGGGAUUUGCGGGCACGUCUGUGUUUGAAGAAGUGGAUUCCCCGAGUGAUCGUGGCAUUGUCUCGCACACAUACUUCGGUGAUGCGUUGACAUUCCCGAUCUUUCAGACUGAUGCUAGUACGGCGUGGGCAUUUGAAUUUAGUCGCUAG